AUGCGAACCAGCAAUGAUGCCAAACACGGCAAGUGCGACUACGGUCCUCGCCUCGUCAAGGUGAGUAAGAUGGCAGAAGUUGGGCAAGAAGAAGGUGCUCCGAUGACAAAGGGGCACGGCCAAGCGGAAAUGUGUGUGUGUGUGCGUAGGGUUGGUGAACUGCAAACAAAAAAUUGUGAUGAAGCACUAAGGCUUGGAGAGUGUCAGCCCUUUUGGGCUUCAUGGACUUCAUGGUCUGCAUGUUCUGCCACCUGUGGAGUGUCAGAGAGGAGUCGUUAUCGUCCCUGCAGCGGUGCUUACACAUCUGCUAGUAUUGCAGCGAUUGAGGGCAGUUGUGCCGAUCCAGCGAGAGCGGCGGAAGGUCUUCAGAAGCGUGAUUGUCCUUUACAACGUCUUUGUCCACGCAUUGCUGGUGGAUGGGGUGAAUGGGGCGCCUUCUCCGACUGUGAUGCAACCUGUGGACGUGGAAGUCGUCGUAGAAUUCGCCUUUGCAACCGACCUCCGCCACAAGGUGGUGGAGUACCGUGUCAAGGUAUUGACACUCAGCAGGUAAGUGUUUGGCAAGACAAAGAUUCGAUCCAUAGUAGAAAGUACUAG